CCCUCGUCGCCGGCUGCUGGGCUUCGGCCGGGGUCGGCUGGGCACCGUGAGCUGUGCAAAGCCGCCUUCCCGCUCCCGAGGGCCGGCGGGGACCGAGCAGCGCGCCGGCUCGGAGACGGGCAGUCCACAAAGUUUGGUCCGCGGAGGACGCAGCGUCGAGCCUGGCAGGUGCGGCCGGGCCUGGCCGGGGCGCUCGCGGCCUUGCGGGCGAGCACGGCCGGGCACCGGCAACUCUGAAGUUGGCAAGAGGUGACGCCCCUGUUCCGCUCCGCCGCGCGUCCAGCCCUGGCAUCUCGAGCCCGGGUCGCGCCGGGGCUAUGCAGCCCCCGCCAGGCGGCCCCGCGGAGCUCCCUGCCAGGUAGACGAGCGGCGCCCCAGGACCCCGCCGGCACCCCUGCUCGGCCCAGGAUGCUGCCGGCCCUCCCCCUUCUCCUCCUCCUCCUCCACGGAGGUGCUCUGGCCCGUCCAGACCGGAUCACUUUCCCAAACACUGCUUGUGAGACACCCCCAGCAGUGCUCUUGGAGGUACAGGGCACUUUACAGAGGCCUCUGGGCAGGGAAAGCCGCAGCUCCCCUGCCAACUGCACCUGGGUUAUCCUGGGCAGCAAGGAACAGACAGUAACUGUCAGGUUCCAGAAGCUGCACCUGGCCUGUGGCUCAGAGCACCUAACCCUGCGCUCCCCUCUCCAGCCACCAGUCUCCCUGUGCGAGGCUCCUGCCAGCCCUUUGCAGCUUCCAGGGGGCAAUGUCACCAUUACUUACAUCUAUGUUGGGUCCAGGGCACCCAUGGGCCAGGGCUUCUUGCUGUCUUAUAGUCAAGACUGGCUGCUGUGCCUGCGGGAAGAGUUCCAGUGCUUGAACCACCGCUGCAUACCAGCGGCCCAGCGCUGCGAUGGGGUUGAUGCCUGUGGCGACGGUUCUGAUGAGGCAGGUUGUAGCUCAGACCCGGUCCCUCGCCUGAACCCAGCCCCUGCCCCAACUCCCCCCUGCAAUCUCACGCUGGAGGACUUUUACGGGGUCUUCUCCUCCCCUGGAUAUUCCCACCUGGCCUCGGUCUCCCACCCCCAGUCCUGCCUGUGGCUCUUGGACCCCCAUGAUGGCAGGAGGCUGGCCGUGCGUUUCACAGCCCUGGACUUGGGCUAUGGAGAUGCAGUGCAUGUCUAUGAUGGUGCCGGGCCCCCUGAGACCCCUCGCCUGCUGCGUAGUCUCACCCACUUCAGCAACGGCAAGGCCGUCACGGUGGAGACCCUGUCUGGUCAGGCUGUUGUGUCCUACCACACGGUUGCUUGGAGCAACGGCCGGGGCUUCAAUGCUACCUACCACGUUCGGGGAUACUGUUUGCCCUGGGACAGACCCUGUGGCUUGGCCUCAGGCCUGGGGGCUGGUGAAAACCUGGGCGAGCGCUGCUACAGUGAGGCGCAGCGCUGUGACGGCUCGUGGGACUGUGCCGAUGGCACGGACGAGGAGGGCUGCCCCGGCUGCCCCCCUGGGCACUUCCCCUGUGGAGCCGCCGGCACCCCCGGUGCCACAGCCUGCUACCUGCCCGCCGACCGCUGCAACUACCAGACGUUCUGUGCUGACGGAGCCGACGAGAGACGCUGCCGGCACUGCCAGCCGGGCAACUUCCGGUGCCGGGAUGAGAAGUGUGUGUAUGAGACGUGGGUGUGCGACGGACAGCCGGACUGCACCGACGGCAGUGACGAGUGGGACUGCUCCUACGCCCUGCCCCGGAAGGUCAUCACAGCGGCCGUCAUUGGCAGCCUAGUGUGUGGCCUGCUGCUGGUCAUCGCUCUGGGCUGCACCUGCAAACUCUAUGCCAUCCGCACCCAGGAGUACAGCGUCUUUGCCCCCCUCUCCCGCAUGGAGGCUGAGAUUGUGCAGCAGCAGGCACCUCCUUCCUACGGGCAGCUUAUUGCCCAGGGUGCCAUCCCACCUGUGGAAGACUUCCCUACAGAGAACCCGAACGAUAACUCUGUGCUGGGGAACCUGCGUUCCCUGCUCCAGAUCUUGCGCCAAGAUAUGACUCCAGGAGGCCCUUCAGGAGGCCGGCGUCGCCAGCGUGGCCGCUCAGUGCGCCGUCUGGUUCGCCGUCUCCGUCGCUGGGGCCUGCUUCCUCGAACCAGUACCCCAGCUCGGGCUCCUGAGACCAGAUCCCAGGUCACAACGUCUGCUGCUCCCUCCGAGGCCCUGGAUGACAGCACAGGCCAGACCUGUGAGGGUGGAGCAGUAGGGGGGCAGGAUGGCGAGCAGGCUCCUCCACUGCCCAUCAAGUCCCCCAUCCCAACCCCGAGCACACUUCCGGCCCUUGCCACUGCCUCUGAGCCCCCAGGCCCUCUACUCUCAGUGCCUCUAGAGCCCUCACUGCUGACUGGAGUUGUACAGGUCCUACGAGGCCGCCUCCUACCCAGCCUGUGGCCCUCAGGACCCACUUGGACCCCAGCUGGACCUCACACAGCAGUCCUGGACCCAGAGGAUGAGGAUGAUGUAUUGUUAAUGCCACUGGCUGAGCCAGAAGUCUGGGUAGUCGAGGCAGAGGAUGAACCACUGCUUGCCUGAGGGAGCUGGGUCCCCUCUGGGCUCCAGACACAAUAGUGUGAUCCUUUGGAAAUGGCUUGGCUUCUCCACUGAUCUACGUAGCGCAGAAAGUUAGGUGUCCCUCAGGCAGGGAGAGUGCUCCCUGAGCGCCCCUUCUGUGUAUGAGUGGACACUAGAGACUCGACCACCAGCCUCUGCCCGCCCUGCUGCUGUCCAGGUGGCUUUGUUAAGAAAGGUUCCCAAAGGAUCAUAGGCUUGGACACUCCCUCCUUUCCACUCCCCACCCAAAAGUGGCCUUAAGUACCAGACUACAGUUGGCUAGAGAUGGUCUAGUCCCCCGGGGGAGGAUUUGGCCAGGCUGAUGGUUUUGCCAGCCUCCAUCUCUGUGGCGCCUGGCCCACGUAGAGAACACAAGUGCUUUUGUCCCCCAGCUGCAUCAUUGCCCAGGAAAUCAAGGAAAAAGAAAAAUAAAAAAAUCAUAAAUUUCA